AUGGAUAGGUCAUGGAUGCAUGCUGAUAGGAGGUCUUACAAAUAUAAGUUAGGGGUGGGACUAUUUUGUCAAUUUGCUGUAGACCAUGCUAGAGAUCGGAACCACAUUUGUUGUCCUUGCACAAACUGUGGAAAUGUGGAAUAUUUCUCUGCUAGUGUGAUAAAAGAUCAUUUAUUUGUGAAUGGGAUUGAUCCUAGUUAUGAGAAAUGGACAGAGCAUAGGGAGGUUGAUGUUGAGUCGGCGGGAUCAGAAAGUGAUGAUGCUAGCAUAGAGGUAGAGUCUCUUGAAUCUGAAUCAGUUAAGGAUAAUAUAGGGGCAGAUUGUGAAGUUGAAUUAGAUAGCGAUGUGCGGUUGGAAGGUGAUGAGGAUGAGGAGAUUUCAAGCGAGUGUAAUGAAUUCAGGCACACCAAGAUGAAUGUACUUGUGAGGCUUUACAACUUGAAAGCCAAGCAUGGUAUGAUUGAUGCGGCUUAUUCGGACUGGUUGAUUGCCUUUUCGGAGUAUCUUCCGACUGGAAAUGAGAUACCUACGUCAGUGUAUGAGGCAAAGAAGGUUUUGAGUGCUCUAGGAAUGGAUUAUAGAAAAAUCCAUGCUUGCCCCAAUGACUGUAUUCUCUACAGAAAACAUUAUGCUGAUGAAAUUCGAUGUCCCCAAUGUGGUAUUUCAAGGUGGAAAGUAUGCAAGAACAAGAAAGAAAGGGAGGGGGUACCUGCAAAAGUAUUGUGGUACUUUCCUCCUAUUCCUAGGUUUAAAAAGAUGUUUCAGUCAGUUGAAACAUCUAAGAAUUUAACUUGGCAUGCCACAGAGAGAAACAAAGAUGGCUUCAUUCGCCAUCCCGCUGAUUCGAAAUCUUGGAAGUUAGUGGAUGAAAAGUGGCCAGAUUUUGGUUAUGAGCCACGAAACCUACGACUAGCAUUAUCAUCAGAUGGGUUCAAUCCAUAUAGCUCCUUAAGUAGCAAGUACAGCUGUUGGCCAGUAAUUUUGGUAACCUACAAUCUGCCUCCAUGGCUAGUAAUGAAGAGGAAACACAUGAUGCUUACCUUAUUGAUAUCAGGGCCUAGACAACCAGGAAACGAUAUUGAUGUUUACCUUGAACUGUUAAUAGAUGACUUAAAGUUGUUAUGGGAAGGAGUUAGGGGAGUUUAUGAUGCGAUUAGAAAUGAAAAUUUUACUCUCAAGGCAUUACUAUUCUGGACAAUCAAUGAUUUUCUAGCGUAUGGUAACCUUUCAGGGAGUAUAGUUAAAGCCUAUAAUGCGUGUCCGAUUUGGCUUGAGAAAACAGAACCCACGAGACUAGUUCAUGGAGGGAAGAUGGCUUACACCAUUCAUAGGCGGUUUUUAGGAAGGCACCAUCCAUAUCGAAAGCUAAGGGCUGUUUUCAAUAACCACCCAGAACAUGCAGCAGCUCCAGUGCCGUUAACUGGAGAAGAAGUGUUGAGCAGGUUAGAGGAAGAAGUUCCAGAUUGGCCUUUUGGGAAGAAAUUUCCCCCUCCUCCUUAUAAGGGGGCUGAAGAUGAAACUAGGCCUUGCUGGAAGAAGAAAUCUAUAUUUUUUCAGCUAGAGUAUUGGAAGUUUCUCCCUAUUAGACACUGCCUUGAUGUCAUGCACAUUGAAAAAAAUGUGUGUGAUAGUCUAAUCGGGACGUUACUGAACAUUCCUGGAAAAACUAAAGAUGGACUAAAAACUCGGUUAGAUCUGGUGAAAAUGGGUAUAAGACCAGGAUUGCAGCCCAAUGUAGAUUGUCCGAAAAAGAAUCGCUUGCCAUUGGCAAGCUGGAACCUAACAAUGGAUGAGAAAAGAUGCAUGUGUGGCUCUUUUCAUGGCAUGAAGGUUCCUGAAAAUUAUUCUUCAAACAUUAGUAGCCUGGUUUCAAUGGAUGAAUUAAGGUUGAGUGGACUGAAAUCGCAUGAUUGUCAUGCCUUAAUGCAACAAUUACUUCCCGUUGCAAUCCGUGGUGUGCUUGAAAAACCUGUCAGAAUUGCCAUAAUAAGGCUUUGUCUAUUUUUUAAUGAAAUCUGUAGUCCCACUAUAGAUCCUUCAAGGCUUCCACAAAUUCAAGCAGAUCUGGUCGAAACAUUGUGUGUGCUUGAAAAGUAUUUCCCUCCUUCUUUCUUUGACAUAAUGAUACAUCUUACGGUUCACUUGGUUAGAGAAGUUGAGUUAUGUGAGCCGGUUUGCUUCCGAUGGAUGUAUCCUUUUGAAAGGUAUAUGAAGGUGUGCAAGGGAUAUGUUAGAAACAAAAGGCAUCCAGAAGGCUGCAUUGCAGAAUGCUACAUUGCUGAAGAGGCAGUUGAGUUCUUAGCAGAACUUUUCUUCGACGACAAGACUGUUGGCAUCCCAACAGCCCCCAACAUGGAGGACAGGCCUACAUUGGGUGCUAAUAUUGAGUCUGUUUAUGGCAAGGACUUUGACCAAGCUCAUCUCUGCGUGCUUCACAACACCGAAGAAUUCAGAAGCUACUUUGUGGAACACUUGGACUAUUUGAAGCGGGAAUUCCCAAAGUACAAAAAGAAUGACAAGUGGCUAGUAGACAAGCAAAACCAGACUUUUGCAGAUUGGGUGAAAGACAGGGUUGCAUCUGACCUUAUUAAUCCUGGUUUUGAGUGCCCUGAGAUUGUUAGGUGGCUAGUAGAUAAACCAUGCCAUGAAGUAUCGAAGUUCAGUGGCUAUAGAGUAGGCGGAGUGCAGUAUAACACAAAACUCUGGGAUAAUCUGCUGCAAAGACAAAGUAGUGGGGUUUACUUGGUUGCUGAAACGCCUCAAGUGGCUAGUGCUAGGGACAAGAACCCUAUUACUCAUGACAUCAGCUUUUAUGGGGUUAUUACUGAAAUAUGGGAGCUAGACUACGAUCAUUUUAGGGUACCUAUAUUUAAGUGUGAUUGGGUAGAGAAUGAGAAGGGUGUUAGGGUAGAUGAGUUUGGUUUCACUUUAGUAAAUUUGAAUAGGAAGGGGCAUCAAAAUGACAGCUUUGUUUUGGGAAAAUGUGUGCAACAGAUUUUUUAUGCUCAAGACCCCAUAGAUCAUAGGUGGUCAGUUGUGUUGAAGGUCCCGAAAAAAGACUACGCAGAUUCUGUUUCUAUGGAUGAGCUCGGGGACACUGUUAUUUCCCAUCAUGCUGGUGCAAGUACUGUGUGA